CUUCACUUGUACUUCCAUCACAAAUCAGAAGAAAACCUCUCUCGUCUCUCCGAAUCCGAUUCUCAAAAUCAAAGCUAUGAACCAAGACCCGAAUCCCAGACCCGCCACUGGAUAUCCAUACCCGUAUCCAUACCCGAACCCGCCUCAUCAACCCAACGGUUACCCACCUCCCAACGCCGGAACCGCCUACCCUUACCAAAACCACAACCCUUACUUCGCGACGGAGCCAAAUCCACGCGCGAUCCUCCUCCGCCGUCUCUUCAUCGCCAUCCUCGUCUUCCUCCUCAUCUUAGGACUCAUCUCCUUCAUCUUCAUCCUCGUCGUCCGUCCCCAAUUACCCGUCGUUUUCAUCAACUCCCUCUCCGUCUCCAAUUUCAACGUCUCCAACAAUCAGGUCACCGGAAACUGGGAUCUACAGCUCCAAUUCCGAAACCCUAAUUCGAAGAUGGCGCUUCACUACGACAGUGUCUUCUGCACUCUCUACUACGGCCGCGAGUCUCUCUCCGAUACGCGUUUGCAGCCGUUCGAUCAAGGGACGGAGGAUCAGACUCCGAUCAACGCUACGCUCGCUGUCUCCGGGACUUACGUCGACGGUAAACUGGCUGAUUCGAUCGGGAAAGAGAGAGCAUCGAAAGGGAACGUUGAGUUCAAUUUGAGGGUUUUCUCUACGGUUACUUCGCGGUAUGGAGUUUAUCGGAGGAGGAGAUACGUCACGAUGUACUGUGACGAUGUUGCCGUUGGUGUUCCGGCGAAUAGUAGCUCAGGGAAGAUGAUUGGUCCGGCGAAGAGAUGUAAACCUUAUUGAAAACAACAAAAAGUGAGUUUCUUUCUAUUGAAAAAAUCUUUGAUUAUGAAUUGCUUACUUUUAGGGAUUUUACAAUUUUAGGGGUUUUAUUUUAACCAAUUCGUUUUGUUUCUUAUGAUUAUGAAUGUAAAUCUACUGAAAUGUUGAUGUAUUGGAGAAAGAACAGAGAGAAAAUUUUCAGAUUUAGCUUUUUUUUUCAGUCAAGCUUGAUGUAUUGUUUU